UUUUAUCACAAACACCAGUCAGAACAUGUGCAAUAAAUUUUAAAAAGAGAAAAAAUUUAUAUAAAAAUUAUUACUCUAAUUUAAUUUAAUAAAUUAUAAAACAGUAUCACAUUUUGAUAAAAAAUUGUAAUAUCGAAAUUUGUGACUAGUUUUACAAUUAUGACUUUGAAUGAUGUUACUGAUGACGAUUCCUCAUCUUUAAGUAAUGACGAAUGCUCACAAAACAUAUGUUUUGAUGAUGAAGAAGUUAAUUCUGAUAACCAAGAAGAUGAACCAGCUCCUAUUUUUGAUGAGUCUAAAGAAGUCUGUUAUGAUACUAAAUACACAUUAUUAUUAGAAGAAGCUGUUAAUCUAAGUAAUAUCUAUAUUUUGCAUUUGGAUGCCUAUAAACAAGGACAGUCACUUAAAGUAGCUUCAGCAUUAUCAGAUUUUUCUUGUAAAAUUUAUAAUUUUGAAUCGAAUAAUAAAUGUACUCAAGUAUUAAAUGAUCACGAAAACAAAAUAGUGGACAUAAAAUUUGGUAAAAAUCGUAAUGAAUUUUCUGGAAUUGUAUACACAGGAUCUGAAGAUGGUACUAUUAAACUUUGGGAUUUGCGUACAAAAGAAAAAUGUAUCAGUUGUUACAAAGAUGAUACUGACUCAAAAUUAAAGCCAUUAUCAUGUUUUGAUGUAUCUUGUGAUGGAAGGUUUUUAGUAGCAGGAACAGAAGUUAUAACUGAUGAUUCAUUUUUAUUAUUUUGGGAUGUUAGAACUACAAAAUUACUUGGUGGUUAUUGGGAUACUCAUCAAGGCGAUAUUACCCAAGUUAAAUUUCAUCCUAAUGAAGAAAAAACUGUUAUAAGUGGUUCUACAGAUGGUAUAAUUAACUUAUUUGAUGUCACUCAAACAAGUGAAAAAGAUGCACUCCAAUUAACAUUUAAUACUAAUUCAUCAGUUAGUAUAUUAAAUUGGCUUAAAGAUAAAUGCGAAGACUGGAUUUUCUCUUGUAUUACUCACACAGAAGAUUUACAAUUGUGGCAUACCACUGAUUCAAAACCAUGUAUAAGCAUUUUGAGAAAUGCUAUUAGUAAAUCUAUGAAUAUUGAACCAGAUGUAUACUGUCAAGUUAUUAAUUGCCAUCAAUUGGAUAAUGAUGGUAACAUAUUAUUAUUAGUAGGAAAUAAUCACAGAAAAGGAGAACAUUUGCAAUCAUUUAAUAUUAGUAUUGAUUCAAGUAUUUCUCCUAGAACUCUUUUUAAGAAUAAUAAACAAAUUGUUAGAUGCAGUUGGUAUGAUUCUAAUGAUGGAACUCUUAUAACUGGAGGUGAAGCAGGUAUAAUUAGUGUGUGGAGCCUAAAUGAAAUUCAUGAUGUAGGCAACAAUGAUAAAUGUUCUUUAAAAGAUGUAUCCAGAAAAAGUUUGAAAAAUAUAUCUCAUAAACCAUAUUAACAUUCUGAAAAAUGAAAUGUUUCAUUUAUAUACAUAUAUAUGUAUUAUUUUUUCUAAUAAAUUUUGAUUGUUAAAUUA